CUCGGUGCGACGUCAAAAGGAGCCGAAACGGAGAGUUUGUGCAGAUUUUUCUCGGAGUUUCGUCGCUAUAACGUUAAACAACUCGAGCUGUUAUUGGCAAACAAACACCGACGUUAGAAAGUAAAAUUGGACCUAUUAUUUAUGUUAAUAACAGAUUCUGGACUUACGGUUAACCCAACUGGAGCCACAGCUCAUGAGGCAAAAUUCAGAAUAACCGACAUUUUUUUAAAGUAAGACGUUGAAGCGAGAAGUUUCUCAACAUUUGGACAUGGAUUCAAGAAAAGUUGUGCACAGAAGAAAACCUGACAUUCAUGCAUCGGAUAAGAACCAGCGUUCACAGGAGGUCAAUGUUAAAAGUCUUGACCUCAGUAAGGUGAUUCAUCUUCUUGAAGAUCCUUUGACAGCUAACUUGAAGGAGAGGCAUCUUUUUGUGCUGAAGAAACUACUGAAGAGAAGCCAGAUUGGCUUUCUUUUGAAGGAGCUGUCAGGCAUUGGCAAAAUACUCAACAUCUGUGCUGAGAAAGUGACUGAUCACCCUGAAUAUGUGCCCAUUUUGUGUGAGGCACUUCAAAUUUGUAGGCUUCCCUUCCUGAAGGAGAAAGUAUCUGAUGAGCAGAACUACACUCAGGAUGUCAUAGAGUUCCUCUCUAACCUGGGCUGUCUGAUGAGGAUGUCAGAUGCUGAAGUGAGACAGCACGUAGUUCAGUGUGUGAGAUCAUUCUACAGCUGUGUGGCUCCUAAACAGCUGCUUGAGGGUAUGGCCGGUUUCAUCAAGCCAAAGCCUCGGACUUUCCACUCUGACAACCGAUUUUCUAGACUUUCACUGAGGCUCCAGCCAACUUCUCCAGGCUACAGGCUACAGCUGCUGGAGCGCAGUGACCUGGCUCAGACGUUGGUCCUCUCCAUGGCCGCUCUGGAGAACCAGCCUGCCAUCAAGCUGCAGCUCCUGCAGACACUUCAGAUCCUCUCCAGCUCUUCUGAUAUGAACUGUGCAUUAAUACUGAAUGCACGUGGAGCAGAGAUGAUCUGUCUCCACAUGAACGAGCCCGACCAUUCCGGUCAGGUCCUGUUCUACUCCUCCGAAAUCCUCUGGAACCUACUGGAGAAAGGCAGCAAGGAGGCCACUGCUCAGCUCAGCAGCAUCGAGUGUGUCAUAUCUCUGAAAGAAGCAUUUAUUCACCAGCUGAUUAGCGGUUUCCGACAUUCUGACCUCCAACUCAGAAAUGAUCUGCUCGUGAUCACAACUCUCAUCACUGAAAAUCUCAACUCUCUGAUUAAUGAGAGUUUAUUUGCCAAACAGCUCGUAGCUUUGGUCACCUUUCCAGAGCUGAAAAGUCAGAACCCCCUGGUCCGCAACCUCAAGCUUACCUACAAUAACGAAGAUUUUCAAAUGAAGAAGCUGCUGUUGAAUCUGUUGGUUAUAAUGUCAAAGGACUCAGCUGCCCUGCAGCUGUAUAAGGAGGAAAGAGUUACGCCUGCUCUUCUGACGCUUGUGAGUCCGCCUGCAUCCUCAUCUGAGCGGCACUCAGCUUCACGUCAGUGGUCCCCUGUCCAGCAGGAGGAGCUCCAGCUGCAGGCGCUAGCCACACUCUCCACAAUCGCUCCGCUCAUGUUGGAUGACUAUAUAACUUGUCAGGGAAACUCCUGUCUGCUGCUCCUGCUGGACUGGUGUGUUGCACAAGAUCCUUUCUUUGGUCAGAGUCACAGUUCAGGGGGAAGAGGCAGUAAGAAGCCUCAGAUGCGACAUUGUAUCAGAGUGCUGAGAUCUGUGACGUCUUCAGGUGAAGACUUAGUCAAUGAGGACCUUUGUGAUCAAGGAGUUAUCAACCAGCUCUUGGGGAUUUUGAUGCAGAUGGAAGCAAGUCCUGAUGAGGAGGAUGAAGUCACCCUGGAGAUAAAGUCAGAUAUUCAACUGAUACUUUCAGCGCUGUGUGAGAGUGACAUGCAUAGAAAGGAGCUGUUUGGAUCAGAGGGAGUUGAGAUGGCAGUUCACUUCCUGAGGAAAGGCUGCAACAAUUUCUACAAUGGUCUGGGACACAAUAAGCUCAUCCUCUCCACAGUGGACUGUGUGCGGUCUUGUAUUGUGGGCUGCUACACCACAGAAGAUUAUUUUUUGGCUAAAGGUGGGGCGUCUCUUGUGUUGGAUUUACUCAGGUCAAGCCCCAGAUGCGUACACUGCAUUGUCCUUGCCACCCUGCUGGAGUUAUGUGAAAACCCAAACACUGUGUCUCACAUCCUGAGCUGGAGGGACGUUGGCGGUCAGACGGCUCCCAGACUCCUGCUGCAGCUGUGGAGGGACGAGGAGGAGGAGCUGAAAGUCAGCCGAACCAGACACGGAGGGAUCACAGAUCCCCAGAGGCCGAUCCUCAGUCAUUACCACCAGGAGGACACUCAGCUGUCAUAUCCUGCAACAACACCAAGUGCAGCAGUGCUGGAGCUUUCAGAAAACCUGCGGUCAAAGAUUUACCUCAUCUUCUGCAAACUUGGAUUUCAGGGCCUUCCUGGAUUGUCAGGAAAAGAUUAUGUGACCCUGAGCAUCAUCAGGAGAUAUCUGGACUUCAAGGUCAGUGAGGUUUGGGAAGAGAUCAGCAGGGAGCUGAGUCUGGAAGGUGUGAGGCCGAUCACCCCUGAUGAGGAGGCUCUGAGUACAGUCCAUAAGGUCUCAAAGGAUACGGCGAGCAGGGUUGUAGCAGAACAAAACAGCAUUCUGGAGCAGCUGGAGAAGGAUGACAUCGACAAGGAGGAGCUCGUGUACACAGAGAUAAAGUCUCGCUGGAAGCAGCAGGAGCUCACAGCCAAGUCAUGGGACAGUUACGUUUCCAGGACUUCAAAUCAUGAGAUCCUGAAGGAAGUGAAAGCACAGAGGGAGAAAUACACUGAAUCAUCCAGACCCAAACCAAAGCAUGAAGAUGCUGCAGUUCUUCAUAAAAAGCAUUUCAUCGGGCAGGUGAUGUCUGUAGAGAGAACAGGUGCUUCAGGCCCUGCAGGAGUGAAACUAAGGCUGGCCAGAGCUCCCAUCAAGGCUGCAGGUCAGGAGGAAGUGUGAACCACAACACAGGACUCAAAAUACUUCAGCACUGUAUCGUUUAAAGACUGAUGUUAAAUACCAGUCUUUCAUUGUUUUUGUACCUUUAUUUAAUCUUAUAGACUUUGAUGUACACUCAAAACAAAAUAAACAUUGCAGCACGGUAAUGUGCUUAUCACGAAUCCCGUAUUUCUAAUAGCUUCUAAUUCAUUCCCAGAGUCUGUAGAUACUGACGUGUUUUCAUUUGACUUUGGCAGCAAAGGCAGACAUGAGGUCACUUGAUGUGCACAAUCAGCACCUUGUAGUCUAGUCCACCUCCAAUCCUCCUUACAAACACACACACACACACACACACACACAGAGUACAUUGAACUGACAGGCCUUUGUGGCCUAACAUGUCUUAUUUCAGUAUG